UCUCUGGCCAUGGAGAGAAGAUCCGGAAACCGGGACGCUGGGAGCUCGGCUCCGUCUCUUUGGACCGCGGUGUAGGCACCUGAAGUAGCCGACGCUAAGUGGGGGAGGGGAAGCGACAGUGUAUCAUGCAUGCCACUGAUUCCAGGGGACACUCCCCUGCUUUUCUGCAACCUCAGAAUGGAAGCAGCCAUCGCUCGUCUGGCUACGUUCCAGGGAAGGUUGUGCCGCUGCGGCCCCCUCCUCCUCCAAAGAGCCAAGCUUCAGCCAAACUGACCUCCAUCAGACAGGAAGCCCGGGCCACCUUUGCUUUCUCCACCGAAGAGCAGCAAGCCCAGAGAGAAAGCCGAAAGCAGAAGAGGCACAAAAAUACUUUCAUUUGCUUUGCUAUCACUAGUUUCUCAUUUUUUGUUGCACUUGCGGUCAUUCUAGGGAUCUCCUCGAAAUACGCUCCAGAUGAGAAUUGCCCAGAUCAAAAUCCACGUCUCAGGAACUGGGAUCCAGGACAAGAUUCUGCAGAGCACGUUGUUAUCAAAGAGGGGGAUAUGUUCCGUCUGACCUCGGAUGCCACCGUGAAUUCUGUAGUCAUUCAGGAUGGAGGAUUGCUUGUAUUUGGGGAUGAUAAGGAUGGAUCCAGAAAUAUUACUUUGAGGACUCGUUACAUCCUGAUCAAGGAUGGUGGGGCGCUUCAUAUUGGAGCAGAAAAAUGCCGCUAUAAGUCCAAAGCGACCAUUGCCUUGUAUGGCAAGUCAGAUGAAGGUGAAAGUAUGCCAAUAUUUGGCAAAAAAUUUAUUGGUGUGGAAGCUGGUGGGACACUGGAGAUACACGGGGCCCAGAAGGUCUCGUGGACAUUGUUGGCGAGAACUCUGCCUUCCUCAGGCUUGACCUUUGGGUCCUACGCCUUUGAAAAGGACUUUUCUAGGGGCCUCAACGUGAGGAUCAUUGACCAGGACACGGCCAAAAUUUUGGAAAGUGCCAGGUUUGAUACCCACGAAUACCACAAUGAGAGUAGACGGCUGCAGGAGUUUCUGAGAGUGCAGGAUCCAGGCCGGAUCGUCGCCAUAGCCGUGGGGGAUUCCGCUGCCAAGAGCCUCUUACAAGGAACCAUACAAAUGAUCCAGGACCGGCUGGGCAGUAAGCUGAUCCAAGGGCUGGGCUACAGGCAAGCGUGGGCUUUGGUUGGGGUCAUUGAUGGAGGAAGUACUUCUUGCAACGAGUCCGUGAGAAACUAUGAAAACCAUAGUAGUGGAGGCAAGGCUCUUGCCCAAAGAGAAUUUUAUACCGUGGAUGGUCAGAAGUUCGCCGUGACAGCUUACAGUGAGUGGAUUGAAGGUGUUUCUCUUUCAGGUUUCCGGGUGGAGGUUGUGGAUGGAGUGAAGCUUCACCUGCUGGACGACGUUAGUAGUUGGAAACCCGGAGACCAGAUCGUGGUCGCAAGCACAGACUAUUCUAUGUACCAGGCAGAGGAGUUCACUCUCCUCCCCUGCCCUGAGUGCAACCGCUUCCAGGUCAAAGUCAAAGAAGCCCCUCAGUUCCUGCACAUGGGUGAGAUCACCGAUGGUGUAGACAUGAGAGCGGAGGUUGGAAUUCUCACGCGGAAUGUUGUCAUCCGAGGAGAAAUGGAAGACUCAUGCUACGCUGGGAACCAGUGCCAGUUCUUUGACUAUGACACAUAUGGGGGGCAUGUCAUGAUAAGAAAGAAUUUCACAUCCGUCCAUCUUUCUUACGUGGAAUUGAAACACAUGGGCCAGCAGCAGCUGGGGCGGUAUCCUGUUCACUUCCACCUGUGUGGCGAUGUGGAUUACAAGGGCGGGUACAGACACGCGACCUUUGUGGAUGGCUUAUCUAUUCACCACAGCUUCUCCCGGUGCAUCACUGUGCACGGGACAAAUGGUCUGCUGAUUAAAGACACAAUCGGAUUUGACACGCUGGGUCAUUGUUUCUUUUUGGAAGACGGUGUGGAACAGAGAAAUACUUUGUUCCACAAUCUGGGCCUCCUCACCAAACCCGGCACCCUCCUCCCCACCGAUAGGAAUAACUCCGUGUGUACCACCAUGCGAGACAAAGUGUUUGGAAAUUACGUGCCUGUGCCCGCCACAGACUGCAUGGCCGUUUCAACUUUCUGGAUCUCUCAUCCCAACAAUAACCUGAUUAGUAAUGCAGCUGCGGGCUCACAGGAUGCUGGAAUAUGGUAUUUAUUCCACAAGGAACCCACGGGGGAAUCCAGUGGAUUGCAGCUCUUAGCAAAACCAGAACUCACUCCAUUGGGUAUAUUUUAUAACAACAGAGUCCAUUCCAGUUUUAAGGCUGGUUUAUUUAUUGACAAAGGUGUCAAAACAACCAACGCCAGUUCGGCAGACCCAAGGGAGUACCUCUGUUUGGAUAACAGUGCAAGGUUUAGGCCUCAUCAGGAUGCGGACCCUGAAAAGCCACGUGUCGCUGCUUUAAUUGACAGGCUCAUUUCUUUUAAAAAUAAUGACAACGGAGCUUGGGUCAGAGGGGGAGACAUUGUCGUUCAGAAUUCAGCAUUUGCAGAUAAUGGAAUAGGGCUGACCUUUGCCAGCGAUGGAAGCUUCCCAAGUGAUGAAGGCUCUAGCCAGGAGGUAUCCGAGUCUCUCUUUGUUGGGGAGAGCAGGAAUUACGGCUUCCAGGGUGGUCAGAACAAGUAUGUGGGCAUUGGAGGGAUAGACCAGAAGCCCCGGACCCUGCCUCGGAACAGGACGUUCCCCAUCAGAGGUUUUCAGAUUUAUGACGGGCCCAUUCAUCUAACCAGGUGUACCUUCAAAAAAUACGUGCCCACGCCAGAUAGGUACACCAGCGCUAUUGGCUUCCUUAUGAAGAAUCCCUGGCAGAUAACCCCCAGGAAUAACAUCUCCCUCGUGAAGUUUGGUCCACAUGUCUCUCUGAACGUCUUCUUUGGAAAGCCUGGCCCCUGGUUUGAAGACUGUGAGCUGGACGGUGACAAGAACUCCAUAUUCCACGACAUCGAUGGCUCCGUGACAGGCUACAAGGAUGCUUAUGUGGGAAGAAUGGACAACUACCUGAUCCGCCACCCAAGCUGCGUGAACAUUACCAAAUGGAACGCGGUGGUCUGCAGCGGGAACUACGCCCAGGUUUACGUGCAGACGUGGAGCACCCAGAAUCUGACUAUGACCAUCGCGCGAGAUGAGUACCCCUCCUACCCUAUGGUGCUCCGGGGCAUUAACCAGAAGGCUGCCUUUCCUCAGUACCAGCCGGUGAUCAUGCUGGAGAAGGGCUACACCAUCCACUGGAACGGGCCGGCGCCGAGGACUGCUUUUCUCUACCUCAUAAACUUCAACAAGAAUGACUGGAUUCGAGUUGGCCUCUGCUAUCCAUCAAACACAAGUUUUCAGGUCACCUUCGGCUUUUUACAGCGCCGUAACGGCUCGUUAUCCAGAAUGGAGGAGUACGAGCCCGUGCACUCGCUGGAAGAGCUGCAGCGGAAGCAGUCGGAGCGGAAAUUCUAUUUUGACUCCACCACGGGGUUGCUGUUUUUGUAUCUCAAAGCCAAAAGCCACAGGGAUGGCCACAGUUACUGUUCAUCUCAGGGAUGCGAAAGAGUCAAGAUCCAGGCAGCGACGGACUCAAAAGAUACCAGUAACUGCAUGGCCAGAGCGUAUCCCCAGUAUUCCAGGAAGCCGUCGGCCCUCAAGCGUAUGCCUUCCAUGCUCACCAGGCUCUGUCAAGACUGCGGGACCCGCCAGGUGGUGUUUACCAGUGAUCCUCAUAAAAGCUACCUCCCCGUGCAGUUCCAUUCACCCAGUAAAGCAGAGACCCAGCGUGGAGACCUGACUAUUAUCUCUAGAUCAUCUCAGGGCAGUCGGCAGCGUGGAGAACCUGACCCCAGCCUUGUUGGCGUGGCAAUCCAUUGCAGAAGGGAAGUCAAUGGCACCGACUUUACCAUCCAGAACGCAGGUGUCCUCCUCCUUAUUGUGGAUGCCUGUAGCGUGCCCUUCCGGUUAAUGGAAAAAAAGAUUUUCUCUCCUGCUGAUGUCAGUCGCAUGGAAGAGUAUUUGAGAACAGGCAUCCCUCCAAGGUCAAUUGUUCUGUUGAGCACAAGAGGAGAAAUAAAGCAUUUAAAUAUUUCCGAUUCCUUAGUACCUCUGGGAUUAGCCAAACCAGCUCAUCUUUAUAACAAAGGGAGUACCAUAUUUUUGGGAUUCAGCGGAAACUUUAAACCAGCCUGGGCUAAGCUGUUUACCAGUCCUGCUGGCCAGGGCCUCGGGCUGCUCGAACAGUUCCUACCUUUGCAGCUGGAUGAAUAUGGUUGUCCUCAAGCCAGCGUUGUCCGCCGGAGGGAUCUGGAGCUGUUCAUGCAGACGGCAAAAGCACAUUAGGGACUCACUGUAACUUAAGUGCUGGGGGAAGAAAAAAAAAUGUGAACUAACUUAUUUAAUUUAUGGCAUUUUAACAACGACACUGUUAACCCGAUGGAACCAUUUUCCUGUCUGAUCAGAGAGGGGACGAAAGGAUUUAACAUGAUGGCUUGAAUACCAGCUCACGCACCUUCUAGUUGUACAAAGUGUUGAAGAACUUAUUUGGGUUGGUUAGGCUGGUGUAUUCGGAGAGCAUUUCUCCUGACCCUCACCCGCCACUUCGUGUGUCUUAGUGACUGUUAAGUAGCUUCACCUUCUGUGUGACAGGUUGCCGUGGCGGGGAGGUGGGGACCUCUGGGGGUCAGCCCGAGUCCUUUUGUAGCACCUAGGAUACUUGUAGUCUGAUGCCCGGUUGUGUCAUUGGCUUUGGGUCAGCAGUUGACUCGGGUGGCGGACGUGUUCCACGAGGCCCCAGGCGCUGGAUUGGGUGGGGCCCGCAGCCUUUGCAGAUUGUAUAGGAUACUCGAUGACAGAGUCUUAAGUGGCAACUCAGGCCCAGCUCAUGCCCCCCCUUUUUUUUUGCCUGGGGCAUGUGCUAUUUUUAUCCAUUUGUACAUUGAUUCCUUCCAAGGGUUGAACUUUCAGACAGAAAGCAUACUGGGUUGAAAGGGCUUUAGGGAUUGGACAUCCCUUAAAACUUGCACCUCCGGGGCAAAAAAUUUGAUCAGUGCCACCGAGGUCUGAAGUUGCUGGGACCAUAUUUGCAGCUUUAGUCCUUAGCCUGUUUCGACUGUAUAUUUGUGUUUAACAUGCAGAGCUGAGCUGAAUAUUUACAUUUUUUUUAAAAAGAAGAAGGCCGUGUUCCUGAACUGUACACGUAGGUCAUUUCAAAGGGCUCAAGAGAAGUCUGUUCUCGGGGUUGCUCCUGUACCCGGGUUUCGUUGUUGUUUUUGUGAGUGGUUUUUUUUUUUUUUUAAGCUUUUUUGCUCACCAUCCUGCCAGAAAAAUUUACAGAAAGCUCACCGAUACCCCAAAAUAUUGUACUCAGGGGGAGGAAAAAGGGAGAGCCUUUGAAGGGCCAGAAUCAUGGAGGGGGGGGAUAUUCAGUAACAAUACUCUGCAGAGCAUUAGAGGAAUUGGUCACUCUUAAUUAAUUAAAUUGUUAGAGCCAGUUAAAAAAAGUAAAUGCUGCAAUGAGCAAUUUCCCUUCCCCCUGGGUGCAUGUGUGUCCAGCCCGUGAGACUUGCAUGUAGCAGAAAGUUGAACUCCACAGCCAGAGAGGACACCACACCGAGGGGAGAGAAGGAUCAAAAAAACGCCUUCGCCUUUUCCCAAACCUGCAGUACAAGGAGGGUAUGAUAGACAUGGCCAUGGCGAGACGGUAGGAAGUGAGUUCAGGCUGACUUGGCAGUGAACACGGACAGAUUCACUCUCCUGCACCAAGAGCAAAGGCUGAGUGAGGGUCUGUCCCUCGGCAUCCCGGACAGGCUGCAGAGCAGGUCUGAAACUUCUGUUACUUUACAAAAUAUGCUACCUCAAAAUGCUACCGAUAAACCAUUCUCACUCCUAAGUGCUCUUGGUAAGGGCAUGUGUCUUAAAGUGGAGGGUUGUUGCUGUUGUUUUCUUUUGUAUAUUGAUGAACAAGAUCUUACCUAUUAAAUAUAUUAUUGGGUCAUGGUUCCUGAAGGUGAUUCAAGUUUGUGUGGGUGUGUGUGGGUGUGUGUGGGUGUGUGUUUUAUGACUUAAAUAUCUUUGAUGUGUGUUUUUUAGAGUUUGGUUCUUUAAAGAUUUGGAGAGGCUAUGUAAGUUUGGAGGCACUCAGUGUUUCUGAUUUGUAUGCUAAUUGUCAGGGCCUAAGUUAAAUAAAUAAAAAUAUGUGUGCAUGUAUUUUU